CGUAUCCGUAGUAACCUGUCCUGUCCAAUGCGUGCGCCCCCUCAGAGGUGAAGAGUGUUCCAGUUCAUACUGUAAACUGUCUUUGGUUCAAGGGUUGGUUUCGGUGACAGCGCUCCGCUCUAUCGGGUUUUGAGAGCCUGGAAUACGGGUUACUGAGGCGGAAAGCCGCGUUGUAGAGAGCCAAAAUGAUGAAUAUGUGGAAAGUCCGGGAAUUGGUUGAUAAAGCCUCUGGUGGACAUUUCUGCAGUCAUCAUGCCACUUGCAAGCUCCCUCAAAACAACCAAUGUGGUGAUGAACUACUCAGAGGUGGAGUCUAAAGUGAGGGAGGCCACCAACGAUGACCCCUGGGGACCUUCAGGACAGCAGAUGGCUGAUAUUUCCAGAUGUACGUUUAUGUAUGAGCAGUUUCCAGAGGCGAUGAACAUGCUGUGGAUCAGGAUGCUCCGGGAGAACAAGAAGAAUUGGAGAAGGGUCUACAAGUCUCUGCUGCUGUUGUCCCACCUCAUCAGGAACGGUUCAGAGAGAGUUGUCACCAGCUCCAGAGAACACAUCUACGACCUACGAUCUCUGGAGAGCUACCACUUUGUAGAUGAGAACGGUAAGGACCAGGGAGUGAACGUGCGUCAGAAGGUGAAGGAGAUGGUGGAUCUAAUCCAGGAUGAUGAUAGACUGAGAGAGGAGAGGAAGAAGGCAAAGAAGAACAAAGACAAAUACAUUGGCGUGUCCUCUGACAGUAUGGGGGGAGGGUUCAGCAGAUACACGAGUGACAGGUAUGAUUCUAGCAGCUCUGGUGGUAACGAAGGAAGCAGCAGAGGGAAGUGGGACGAGGACUGGAAGAGAGACCAAGGCCAGUUUCCCUUCAGUGACAAACUGGGGGAGAUCAGUGAUAAGAUUGGCAGCACCAUCGACGACACCAUCAACAAGUUCAAGAAGCAGAGCAGAGAUGACUCACCAGACAGAUUCAGUGACAACGAGGAGGAGCGAGGUCGCCCGACGCAGAAUGGCCAGUCUGGGAGGUCAGUGUUCAAAGACGAGGAGGAAACCGUAACGACCAAGAGCGUCCAGAUCGUCCAGGCAACAGAAACCACCGCAACCAAGAAGAGAGGCGGGGUUCCAUCCAAAAUUGUGUCCCUGGGAGCCGCAGCCCACUACACAGGAGACAAGAGCCCUGAUACCUCUGCAAAACAGACUCUGUCCGCAGUAGCACCCCAGCCCUCCAGUAGUGGUCUGGCUGACCUAUUGAUGGAAGAUACAGGACCCAGCCAGCCUGCAGCAGCCACCGACCUGAUAGGAGGAUUUGCUGACUUCUCGUCUCCUGCUGCCUCUGUCGUCCUCUCCACAGUACCUGCCUCCAGUGGGAACGGUGACUUUGGGGACUGGAAUGCUUUCCCUGGUGGCCAGGCCCCCGUCCCCACCCCCUUCGCCCAGCCUCUGGCCCCCAGCAGCACUGACCUGUUUGGGGCUCUGUCGGCCAGCUCUGCACCAGCUCCAGCCUCCGCUGACCUGUUUGAUCUGAUGGGUCCAGGUCAGACCCAGUCGCUCUCUGCCUCUCAGAGCCUCACCUUUAAUAUGACCAACACACAGACCAUCAGCAGCACCAUGCCACAGUCCAGAUCACUGUUGAUGGGCGGGCCGUUGCAGCCCCAGCAGCAUGAAGUCAUGCUGGGUACCCAGGGUUCCAUGGGGUCAGCGAUCCCCUCCACCUGGUCUGACUCGUCGGUCAACAUCAGUCUGGACUUCCUGGCACCUGGCAUGCAGCCCCCCAAACCUGUCCAGCCCACCCUCAACACACUCCAAGGAGGCCAGCCCCUCCCACCCGUCAACAUGCUCUCCCAGGGAUUCGCCGGCAUGGGCCUCGCAACCGCCCCCAUCAGAACGGCAACAACUCCCAUGAUGCACCCUGGUGCUGGGAUGGGCAUGGCCCACAGCCAGGGAAUGAUGGGAAUGGGCAUGAACAUGGGCAUGCCUGGUGCUAUGGGCAUGGGGAUCAGGAUGCCAGCCAUGUCUAUGGGCUCUGGCCUGGUACAGCAGCAGCCCAAGCAAGGAUUGGACGCAUUUGCAGAUUUCUGCAACUUCAGGAAGUGAGGGAAGAGAAGUGAAAGAGAGGUGGAGGGAGGGCUGUUUCUAUUUUUCUCUCCAUCCAAUCGACCGUCUGUGAAGGAUUGUAAAGAGCUGCAAACAAAGAGUACUUGAAUGUUGUCAAAUAUCAAAUACUGACUGCCACCCCUCCACUUCCUGUUUCUCUCUUUUAAGUGAUGUAUAAAGAUAUGAAUAUACAUGAAUGUAUGUAUGUUUUAAUCAGUUGGAACUUGGAAUCAAGUUCCAAGAGGGUGUCCAGUAAUGGUUGUGUGCUGUUGGGGUUUGAAUCGGAGAUAGAGAACAACUAAGAGGUAGGGAGAAACCGUAACAGAAUGAGACUCAGAUUUUUUACUUUGAAAUGUAAACCAAACAAAAACCAAUGAUUUCAAAGUUAAACAACCCAUACAAUUAUAUGCACAAGGAUGACUUUUAAACUUGUAUGGCUUAACUUUGCAAUAAUGUUGUUUUGAAUUGCAUUUUUAAAAAAUCAUUCUGUUACCAUGGAAUUGCCCAUAUGAAUCUUCCUUGAAGAGAAUGUCAGUAGGGUUUUGCUUUCCUUAACCAUUUAAAUGUCCAGAGUAGCAAACAGUUUCAUUUCAUAAUCCCACCCCAAUAACUCCCCAUCUCUUUUAGAAUGUUACCUCGACCUGUCCCUUCCCUACGACUGUAAAUAUUACUAUAAUGCAACGGACAAAUAAGUUAUUGAGUUCUUGACUAUGAUAUGAUGAUGCCGUGAGUGUCGAUUGGACGGAAUCAGAUGUCAGUCAAGACGUUGCUAUGGCAAGGUACAUUGCGAUGGAGUCAGUCUUUUAAUACUUACUUUAUAUAUCAGCGUUCCACACUCCCAAUGUGGAAUUUCUGUUCAAUAUUAGAUUUAACAGAUCAAUCAAUCGUUUUAUUGAUGGAUGGAUUUAAUAAGUGAAUGAAUGAGAAAUGAUUAAAGCUGUUAAAUGAGGAAGCUGUGGUAAUGAUAACACAGAUCUCCUUUGUGGCCUUUCUUAUGGGUAUAUAUUUUUUAAAGAACUAUAAUCCUUUUUUUCCUUGCAUCCAAGUAAGAUAAUCAGUAGCUGUAGGAACAACCUCCUGGUGGGCUGUGUUCUUUAAGUACAGCACAUGGUGCCUGUGAGACGGAGGCCUUUUUCCUUCAUUAUAACUUAGAGACAGACGGAGAGACGUUACAGUGGUUAAGACCGUUACUGUUAGGAGUCUACAGCACAGUAUGUAUGUGUGGAUCUUACUGCGCCCUCUGGGAGUAGGGGGAAGUUGCCCUGAGAUGCUGAUCCUGGUUCAGUUUUGCACCCCCCCACACACACAAAUGGUUGGGAUUGUGGGAGGGGAAGCUGAUCCUAGAUCUGUACUUGGGGGAAACGUCACCCCAGAGCGUACAGUAUCUCCUGAAGGAGGUUUCUCAGACGGUCCAGAUUAAGGAGAGGAUUUUUAUUUUGGGGGGGGUUCAUCCCAUAUAGCACCCUAUUCACUUUGUAGUGCACUACUUCCAACCAGGGCCCAUAGGACUCGGCUCAAAUAUCGUGCACUAUAAUGGACAUGGGUGCAAUUUGGGAUGCACACUCUGUACAUGUUGAAGUCAGGACCAUCUGUACCAGGCCAGUGAGUAACUCACAUGUAGACUCCUCAGGCUCAGUCUUCUUCCAUGAGUUGGGGUCAAUUCCAUUUCAAUUCUGGAGGUACACUGAAAUUCCAAUUGUCUUCAAUUAGAUUUUUUAAAAUUUGGUUUACUUUCUGAAUUGACCCCAACCCUGCACACACACACACACACACACAGUAGUCUGUCUGAGAGGAGGCAUUACCUGUUGGAAACGACCAAAAUCUAUCCACUCUUGUUUGUUUUUUCUAAGAGAUUGUCUUUAGGGGGUUGUUUAUUCUCUUGUUGUUUUGUUUAUUUUUUUUCUACUUAUUACAAUUUGUUCUGAGAUCUUAGGUAAUGUGGGAUUGUUACUGGAAAGAAAACACUAGUUCAUACAAAUGUGUAAAAAGAACAAUCGAAGCAUCACCAACGAAAGAAGCCUUGAAGAUGUCGUUUUUCUUUUUGUUUGAUUUGAUUGGCCCAUCAUGAUCCUGUAUCUGACAUUAAAACAGUUGAUUACA